UUCCGCCGACCUCACCAGUCACAUCCUUCUUCGUUUAUUCAUAAAUACGUCUCUGUUCUGUUUUUUUUCUUGGGUGUUCCAUAUACAUACAUACAUAUGAUAAAGCCAACACGAGACGCAAUAUAUAGAGAGAGAAGAGAUAAGAGCGACGAGACAACAAAAUUUGUAACCCUUUUGAUUUGUUAUCUUGAUCAAUUGAGUGCUCAAUUUUGUUGAUGGUCAUCUAAGAAGAAUCGUAUCCUUUCUCUGUUGUUGAUGGUCAUCUAAAAUUUAUAUCCUUUAAAAAGUGAUUCUGCGUUGUGAGAAAAGAUGAAGUUUUGUAAGAAGUAUGAAGAGUACAUGCAAGGGCAGAAGGAGAAGAAGAAUCUUCCUGGCGUUGGCUUUAAGAAGCUCAAGAAGAUUCUCAAGAGAUGCAGAAGAAACCAUGUCGUCCCUUCUUCUUCUUCCUCGAGGAUGGCUUUUACUCAAGUAAUUGAUCAGCACAAUUGUCCUCGUGGAUGCCCAGUUUGUGAUGGAACUUUUUUCCCGGAGCUUCUCAAGGAGAUGGAAGACGUCGUUGGAUGGUUUAACGAGAAUGCUCAGAAGCUUCUUGAGCUACAUUUAGCUUCUGGUUUCUCAAAGUGUCUCACUUGGUUCAAAGGCAAUACUCGAAAAAAGGAUCAUCUUGGUUUGAUCCAAGAAGGCAAAGACUUGGUUAAUUACGCUCUCAUCAAUGCCGUCGCCAUUAGAAAAAUCCUCAAGAAAUAUGAUAAGAUUCAUGAGUCUAGGCAAGGACAAUUGUUUAAGACACAAGUCCAGAAGAUGCGAAUCGAAAUCCUGCAAUCACCAUGGCUCUGUGAGCUUAUGGCGUUUCACAUCAAUCUGAAAGAAUCUCAGAAGGGAUCUAAAACUGCUGUGGCUUCUCCUACUCCUGUUCAUGCAUUGUUUGAUGGCUGCUCUUUGACGUUCAAUGAUGGGAAGCCUUUACUCUCCUGCGAGCUCUCUGAUUCCGUAAAAGUUGACAUUGACUUGACUUGUUCAAUAUGCCUGGACACGGUGUUUGAUCCGAUAUCUCUAACAUGCGGUCACAUAUAUUGCUACAUGUGUGCUUGCUCUGCUGCAUCAGUAAACGUAAUUGAUGGCUUGAAAACCGCAGAGCUAACUGAAAAAUGUCCGCUUUGCCGUGAGGAUGGGGUUUAUAAAGGUGCUGUGCAUCUGGAUGAGCUCAAUAUCUUACUUAAGCGAAGCUGCAGAGAGAAUUGGGAAGAACGGCGUAAAACAGAGAGAGCAGAAAGGUUACAGCAGGCAAAGGAGUACUGGGAUUACCAAUGCCGAAGCUUCACUGGAAUAUAAUAUGACUUGCUAUAUAUGUGAUUUCUCAAGUGAGAAAUACUUUGGAGAUUCUUCGUUUUGAUAAAGCUCUUCUAAGACUAGAUGUUAAUCGUGAUUUGUUUUCCUCUGUGAGUAUGUGUUUAUUUGCACAGUGGAGGUUGACGGUUAGUGAAAAUUUGAAAACUCUUUGCA